AUGAGAAAUCACACAGGAAUAACACUAUUCAUUUUGAGCGGACUGACGGAUGAUCCACAGUUGCAAGUUUUGCUCUUUUUCUUUAUGUUUCUUAACUACCUGUUGUGCGUAAUUGGGAACCUGGCCAUCAUCACCCUCACAUUAGUGGAUCCCCACCUGAAAACUCCCAUGUAUUUUUUCCUCCGUAAUUUUUCUGUCUUAGAAAUCUCACUCACAACUUCUUGCAUUCCCAGAUACCUCUACAGUAUAUCAACUGGGGACAAUACAAUUACUUACAGUGCCUGUGCCAUACAGCUAUUUGCUCUCAUCUUUCUUGGGGCAGCGGAGUUUUUCCUUCUGGCCACCAUGUCCUAUGAUCGCUAUGUGGCCAUCUGCAAACCUUUGCAUUAUACAACCAUCAUGAAUAGCAAAGUCUGUAACCAACUUCUGUUGAGUUCUUGGCUGGCAGGGUUGAUGAUUAUCCUCCCACCACUAAGCCUGGGUCUCCAAUUGGACUUCUGUGAUUCUAACAUCAUUAAUCAUUUUGGCUGUGAUGCAUUUCCUGUGCUAGAGAUUUCUUGUACAGACACACAGUUCAUAGAAAAAAUAGCGUUGAUUGAUGCUAUAUUAACACUCAUCAUUACAUUAUUCUUAGUGGUUUUGUCUUAUGCCUCCAUUAUCCGGACUAUUCUGAGAUUCCCCUCUGCCCAGCAAAGACAAAAGGCCUUUUCCACUUGUUCAUCCCAUAUGAUUGUUGUCUCUAUCUCGUAUGGCAGCUGCAUCUUCAUGUAUGUCAAAUCUUCUGCAAAAGAAAAGGUGGAUUUGAAUAAGGUGGUAUCACUUCUUAUGACCUCUGUUGCCCCUGUGAUGAACCCCUUUAUUUAUACCCUGAGGAACAAGCAAGUCAUACAAGCUUUUAAGGACUCAGUUAAAAAGAUUGCAAUUCUCACAAAGCAGUAA